AUGAUCUUUGGACGCGAAGGAGCAAUAGGUACCAUUGUGACUAUUCCGUUCGCAAGAUCUGAGCAAGGUUUUGUGGAAACAACCAAUGACAUCUCUGAAGCAUGUUGUGUCUUGACGUUUUUACUACAAAUCACCAUCAUUGGGUACGACUUGAACAAAAGGUUUAAAGUGCGCUCUGUCAUAUGCCUCACUUACGCAGCUGAAGUCCUGAUCUUUACAGAUUUGAUCUCUAUACUACUUUCUUGUCUUGUUGUUUUCGGCGUCGACUUCCUUUCAGAAAAGACAGGGCAAGCAAUCUCGAACGUUGCGGAAAAUAUCAAUCUGGCUUUCAUCUUUGUCUUUCGUUUCUAUUAUAUUGGUAUCUCGCGCGGUUGGAAAAGUAUUUGGAAAACACGAAAGCUCGAAGUAAGUUGUUAUCUACUCUUUGCCACGCAUGAGAUGCCCUUCGAUUUGUUGUCGAGUGCUAGUGGACUUAAUUGGGAAUUUGCACAAGCGAUUUGGCAUCGAACAACGCUGACUGCUUGUCUUUAUGUAAAGGCAAUGAGUAAAGGUAACAACUCAUUAGUUCGUACAAACGCCGGCUCAGCUACCAGCAGAAGGGAACGAGGGAAUAAAAUUAAAUUACUAUUUCAAAGCAAAAUGUCGUGGGUGGAAGCGUGUUACCUUCUAUUAGCUAUCGUCGUAAAUCUAUUCGGAAGAUCGUAA